AUGGUGUUACCGGACGAAGAAAACAAAAUAUUGAAAUUCAAAAAUUAUCGGUACAAAGAAUCAGUACCAUUCGUUGUGUAUGCCGAUCUCGAGAGUAUUCUCGAACCAACUGGAAAUGAUAUACAGUGUCAAAAGCAUGUCCCACACAGUGUAGCGUAUUAUUUACAAUGUGCCUUUGACGAGACGCUCUCAAAUUUUGCAAUAAAACGUGGAUCUGAUUGUAUCGAGUGGUUCAUCGAUCAAUUAUUGUUAAUAGCGCAAAUGGUUGAUUCUCGUGUGAAUAAUAUCUUGCCUAUGAAACCGCUCACAACCAACGAAAAAAUAGCGUAUAAAAAUGCUGAAAUGUGUCAUAUCUGUGAGCAGCCAUUCACUCACACUGAUGUGAAGCACCGUGAUCAUUGUCAUUUUACUGGUAAGUAUCGCGGUGCUGCGCAUCAAGGGUGUAAUUUGAACUAUACCAAGUCCCACACCAUUCCAAUAGUUUUUCACAAUCUCUCCGGCUACGACUCACAUUUUCUCAUUAAAUCUCUGGCUACACGAUUCGAUGGUACGGUUAAACUUCUUCCAAUUAAUAAAGAUAGAUAUAUUUCUUUCACAAAAUACGUCUCAGGCACAAAUGUAAAUUUACGCUUCAUCGAUUCAUUCAGGUUCAUGCCAAGCAGUCUUGACAAAUUGUCAUCUUACCUGAAUGACCCUGAUAAAUCGAUUACCCGAAAACACUGUAAUAGUGUGGAGGAGUUCAAAAUGCUCUCAAGAAAGGGAGUAUUUCCUUAUGAAUACAUUGAUUCUUGGGAAAAACUCGAUGAAAAGCAGUUGCCAUCAAAAGAGCAUUUUUAUUCAAAACUCAACAACGAGGAAAUCUCCGACCAAGACUACGAUCAUGCAAUGAAAGUUUGGAAUGCGUUCAAAAUCACCUCAUUAGCUGAAUAUUCGGAUUUAUAUUUGAAAACUGAUGUACUGCUUUUGGCUGACAUAUUUGAAAAUUUUCGACGCAACUGCUUUUCUACUUACAAAUUGGACCCUCUGCAUUAUUUCACGGCUCCGGGGCUUGCUUUUGUUGCGAUGCUCAAGUGUACCGGGGUGGAGCUUGAGCUUCUCACUGAUGUUGAGAAAAUUUUGUUUAUCGAGAGUGGUCUUCGCGGUGGAGUAGCACAGUGCUCGAACCGAUAUGCUCAAGCAAACAAUAGAUACAUGAAUGAAAAAUUCGAUCCAAGCAAAGAGGAAACAUAUCUCAUGUACUUUGAUGUGAAUAAUCUCUACGGUGGAGCUAUGAGUCUGUUUUUACCCUAUGAUGGUUUCGAAUGGAUAUCACAUAUAGAUAUAUUCAACGUUCCAGAUGAUUCGCCUAUUGGUUACAUACUCGAAGUAGACUUGGAAUACCCUGAAGAACUUUUCGAGCUACAUAAAGAUCUCCCACUUUGUCCGGAACAUUACACACCACCCAAUAAAUUCUAA